GUCAAAAAUUGACAGUUUUUUGUCACUUGUAAUCGUCUGUUUGCGAUGGUUAAAUUAAGAGCGCCACCAUAUCGAUUAUGGAUCGCCGUGAUGAUUUUUAUGACAAGUUUUACCAACUACAUGCUGAGGGCGAAUAUGUCCGUGAGUAUAAUCAAAAUGGUCGAGAAGACGAAGAAGAAUCAGACAGCAGUGUGCGCAACUUUUGAUAAUUCAACUAAACCUCCCCCAAAAGACGAAACUGGAAGCAAAACAUUCAAGUGGAACGAAGGUGAUGUUGGAUGGAUACUUUCUGGGUACUUUUACGGCUACUUCCUCACAGUGAUGCCUGGAGGAAUGAUAUCGAAUUAUAUUGGCCCUUGGCACACUAUUUUAUGGUCGGGCGCCGGUAGUGCCUUCUUAACUGGUUUGACUCCCAUUUGCGCCAUAAAAGGAGGUUUAGCUGGAGUUGUUGUCAAUCGUUUUUUUCUUGGUCUUCUCGGGGGAGUGGUAUAUCCGGCCAUCCACGAUUUGAUCGCAAAAUGGGCACCGCCUAAGGAAAAAGGCAAAUUUUUUGCUGCCAUGAUGGGUAACACGUUGGGCACGGUAUUAACCUGGAUUGUGGUAGCAGCAGCGACGUCGGCGUGGGGCUGGGAGUGGGGCUUCUACGUCUUGACCAUUUUUAUGUUGUUUUAUUGCAUAGCUUUCGGGAUAAUUGUCAGGGAUAAGCCCGAUAGUCAUCCUUGGGUUUCUGACGAAGAGAAGAAACAUAUUGCGGAAUCUCAAGAAGGACAUCUUACAAAGAAGAAGGUGUUUCCUCCGUAUCACAAAAUGUUGUGUUUCAACAUUCCAUUCUGGGCUUUAGUUGUGGCUCAGUUGGGUAAUUUGUGGGGCUUGAAUUUGAUCAUCACUUACGCCCCCAAAUUCAUGGCCGAAACAUUAGGCUUCAAUAUAAAAGCUUCGGCCGGCCUCGCUGCACUUCCAUACCUGGCCCGACUUCUUUUCAGUAACGUCUUUGGAAUCGUUGGCGAUUACAUGCGCAAAAAAGACAUAAUGUCUGUGACUAAAAUUCGAAAAUUCUUCAUAAUUUUCUCCCACUUUAUUCCAGGCGCCUGUAUGAUACUAAUUCGAGCCUUCGGAUGCAUGAAAGAAGGCGCCAUCGCUAUGCUGGUGCUAAACCAAGGAUUCAACGGCGCAUGCGUCGUCAGCCAUUUGGUCAACCCACAAGAUCUGUCUCCGAAUUUUGCAGGAUCGGUUUUUGGAAUCGUUAAUUUCUUCUGCAUGACCACAGGAAUAUUCGUACCCAAGAUAACAGGAUACUUAAAAACACAUUAUAAAGGAUUUACAGGCCCUAUGCUAAUAUUUAUGAUUGGAGGAAUUGUUUUUAUAGCCACUGGUGUUGUCUUUAUCCUUUUUGGUUCUGGUGAAGUUCAGCCUUGGAAUAAAAAGAAAGGCGAAGACGAGGAGGAAACGGCGGAAGCAAAAUAAUUGCAUAUUUUGUAUUAUCAAAAUACUUGUAAUAUUUUCCAAAAAUCAGCAAAACAACUUAAGAAUAAACAAUCUUUAUUGUCUAUUAAUAUUUAAGCACAUGCAUACUUAAGGAUUGCAUACAAGAUUUUUAGACUUGUUUUCUAAACUAUCAUUUUUUUUAAACUGUAUUACAGAACAUUUGUGAACAUCAUACUCAGUUUUGAGAUUCAUGUUAAAACACUCUGCAAAAUAAAUCUUUAGAGACAAAAUCCGCUAAAAUUGCUAUGACAACAUUUUAGAGGAUUGCUGUCCUAAAGGUCAAUUCUGUGGCGUGUUUUGAGUUAAUGUUAUAAAUAAAUUAAAAAAUUGAACUUAGAUAUGCUCAAAGUCCCUCGGCCCAUAUAACAUUUUCCAAUUUUCCAGUUUAUGGCUUGAUAGAAGGACAUUUGACCACAAUGUAAUCAUAAAUAAACUCUUUAAACAAAACCUGUUUUCAUUUACAACUCAGUUACAUAAUAUAUUGUUUGUGGCGAAACAAAAAG